AUGGCGACGGUAACUUCAAGCUCUGCUACCGGGCUUGCAUCCGCCGAGGCACUGUCGCCUUCUGCUUGGGAGCCUUUUCUUUUUGAAGGGCAGCAGGAUACAUCCACAUUUGGUCUUGGAUGGAGCGCGCCGUUUCCAUUGGCUCUCCAUGUCAAGACUGGAACAAGAGAUCUUACGGCGAGUGUUGAGUUGAUUCGCAACUUUGUUCGAUCCGGUGAGCUACGUCGUCUUGUAAAACACCAUGGCGGCGCAGUCUUGAUACGGGGUCUACCCCUUUCGACACCGGAUGAUUACAGCAAAGUUGCCCACGCCUUUGGCUUCCGUCCGCAUGUCGAAGUUGGUCGACCGCCGCUUCGAACAGUGCUGGCUCCCAACGUUAAAACUGCUAACGAAGGACCACCCGAAUUGCCCAUUUGGCCACACAAUGAAUACGGAUGGUCGACUAUCAAUCCAGCCUGGCUCACGUUCAGCGCGCUCAAGAUUCCAGACGAGGGAGGCGCUACUCCUAUCACGUCUUCGAUAUACCUUGCAGACCAGUUGUCUAAACUUGCACCCAAUUUCCUAUCGGACCUUCGUACAAAGGGCGCAAAGUACACUUACAGAUACACUGUCAACCCUUUAGUAUCUAAUACGGGAACAAGUAUCCGGGGUGCCUACGGACAACACGUCACGGACGAAGAUGAUGCAGAGACAACUAGACAAAAAGUCGAGACCGAAGUCCGAAGGCAUAGUGAAUUAUUUGAGUGGCACGAUGAUGGUAGUUUGAGUGUAACGCACAUAGUACCAGCAAUACGUCUUCACAACCCGACAGGAGCUACAGUAUUUUUCGGAAACCUCACAUCGGCAUGGGGUCGUAGCAGACAUCAUGGAGCAACCCGGCCGCCUUUCAGAGGCGAUGAUGGAUCUUAUCACCCGCCACCUCAAUUCGGAGAUGGAACAGUCAUGAAUGUUGAGGAUCUAGAUUUGCUACUUGACCUUGCUGAAAAGGGUGCUGUCAAUAUACAAUGGGAGCAAGGCGAUUUGGUAUUGCUUGAUAAUUACGCCGUCCAACAUUCGCGAACACCGUGGAAGGGAUCCCGCCAAGUCUUAGCAGCCCUGUGGGACGAUGAUGGGAGACUUGGUGAUUUCCCCGAGGGCUUAAGAUUGUUGCAAGGUGUCCCUCGCGUCCCGAUUAUUGAAUCCAAAUAG